AUCCCCCUCCCUUCUCUCUAUCUAAGCUCUUCUUUCUCUCUCAGAUUUUUCAGAAAACCCCAAAAACCUCGAAUUGGGUUCAGAAAUUUCAAAUUCGAAUCCACAACGCGAAUUUAGGUACGGGAGAAUUUUCCGGAGCUGGAUUGGAUUGGAGCUUAGCUGUGAGCUAAAUGCUCUGACGCUGGAUUUUCGGAGCUGAAAUCCCCAGACCUGGUCUGUUUGGGGAUAUAGACUAGUCGAAAUUACCAAAAUGGGUCUCUGCACUUCCAAGCCGGCGUUCCCGCACUCCACCACUUCGUCGCCGCAGUCGGAUUCUCAGGUGGGGAAAGAUCCGGCCAAGGAAAACAAUUCGAGCUCGGCGGAUGUGGAAAACCCUAGAAAUGAGCACAACGGAGAGGAGAAGCUCGGCGGCGGAGAAGAGGAGACUGUGAUCGCCGUCAAGAAGUCGCCGUUUUUUCCGUUCUACAGUCCGAGCCCGGCGCACUACUUCUCCUCGAAGAAGUCUCCGGCGAGAUCUCCGGCGAAUGCCAGCGCCAAGUCGACGCCGAACCGGUUCUUCAAGCGGCCGUUCCCGCCGCCGUCGCCGGCGAAGCACAUACGGGCGCUGCUGGCGCGGCGGCACGGGACGGUGAAGCCGAACGAGGCGAUUCCGGAGGGGAGUGAGGUGGAGGGAGGUUUGACUGGGCUUGAUAAGAGCUUUGGAUUCUCUAAGCAUUUGAGUAACAAGUAUGAGCUCGGAGAAGAAGUUGGGCGAGGGCAUUUUGGGUAUACUUGCAAAGCUACGUUUAAGAAGGGAGAGCUCAAGGGGCAGCAGGUUGCUGUCAAAGUCAUCCCCAAAGCCAAGAUGACUACUGCAAUUGCCAUUGAGGAUGUGAGAAGGGAAGUCAAGAUAUUGAAGGCUUUGACCGGGCAUAGCAAUCUAGUGCAAUUUUAUGAUGCCUAUGAAGACCAUGAUAAUGUCUACAUAGUUAUGGAACUCUGCGAGGGAGGGGAGCUCUUAGAUAGGAUUCUUGCAAGGGGUGGGAAAUAUACGGAGGAAGAUGCAAGGACCGUGAUGAUACAAAUAUUGAAUGUAGUUGCAUUUUGCCACCUCCAGGGGGUGGUCCAUCGAGAUCUUAAGCCAGAGAAUUUUCUGUUUUCGUCAAAGGAUGAAGAUUCACAGUUGAAGGCUAUAGACUUUGGUCUUUCAGAUUUCGUGAAACCAGAUGAAAGGCUUAACGACAUUGUUGGUAGUGCAUACUAUGUAGCCCCCGAAGUGUUACAUAGGGCUUAUGGUACAGAAGCUGAUGUCUGGAGUGUGGGUGUGAUUGCAUACAUUCUAUUGUGUGGCAGCCGUCCAUUUUGGGCUCGAACUGAGUCUGGCAUUUUUCGGGCAGUUCUAAAAGCUGAUCCAAGUUUUGAUGAACCACCUUGGCCAACUCUGUCUACAGAGGCAAGAGAUUUUGUCAAGCGCCUAUUGAAUAAAGACCCACGGAAAAGAAUGACAGCUGCACAAGCUUUAAGUCAUCCCUGGCUUAAAAAUUAUAGCACUGUUCAAAUUCCUCUGGACAUACUAAUAUUCAAGCUCAUGAAGAUUUAUAUGCGUUCAUCACCUCUCCGUAAAACUGCUUUAAGGGCUCUUUCCAAGACAUUGACUGUUGAUGAGCUUUACUAUUUGAAGGAGCAGUUUGCCCUAUUAGAACCAAACAAAAAUGGCACAAUAAGCUUAGAAAAUAUCAAAACGGCCUUGAUGAAAAAUGCAACUGAUGCAAUGAAGGAGGCACGAAUUGCGGACUUUCUAGCAUCGCUUAAUGCAUUACAGUAUAGAAGGAUGGAUUUUGAGGAAUUUUGUACAGCUACACUAAGUGUCCACCAACUUGAGGCUCUGGACCGUUGGGAGCAACAUGCUCGUUGUGCAUAUGAACUUUUCGAUAAGGAAGGCAACAGGGCUAUUGUCAUUGAGGAACUGGCUUCGGAACUUGGUCUUGGCCCUUCCGUCCCUGUUCAUGCAGUUCUUCAUGAUUGGAUUAGGCACACCGAUGGGAAGCUGAGUUUCCUUGGAUUCGUGAAACUGUUGCAUGGCGUGUCUAGCCGGGUGGUUGCAAAAGCUCAAUGACAGUGUCCAUGAGGUUCAAGAAGUAUAGAUUGGCCAUGCUGUCUUGACCAAUAAAACUAUGGUUAGAAUGAGGUGGUUAAAUAAGAAAUUUCCUGGACCCGAUAUUCUUGAUUUUCACGGCUGCAAUCCAACACGAACAUUUGAUGAAAAGCUCCGACUUGUGUACGCUAGGAGCAGAGUUGAAGCUUAGUCGUGGUUUUUUCCACUGUAAAUCUGUAGUUUUAGAUAGUGUGUUUAGUUGCAGAUAGAAUAGCGCUCCAACUGUUUUACUCGACGAUCACAGACCAUGUUUCUGACAUAUUAGACAUGCGAUUACCUGUAUCAUUUCUCUCUGUAUACUCUCUUUUUAUGAUUCCAGCUAAGUUUGACAGAGACUUAUAUCAACAUAAUUGUGAUUCC